GGGUUCAUUCCCCCAUUGGUAUUAGAAGUGGGCGUGGAAUGGAAGGGAGGAUGGGGAGAAUAUGGCAGACUUAGAGAUGAUGGUGUUAAAGUCUGUCAUUCAGUCCUUGCAGUCCUAGGGGACUUGAGAGCUUUGCUGCACACCUCAGGGCACAUAAGACAUCGGCUCUAGACCCAAGAAUUUUUCUGUUUUCUUCUUCCAGGAGGGAAGGGAACAAUGGAUGCUAGGCUUGCCUGGUCUUAUUUCCUCUUUCAAGUAAUAGGACUUACAUUGACUUUAGAUGUGAUACAUUCUAGAUAUUAGAAACAUAUAUGGUAUGAUGGGUGGUGGUGGCGCAUACCUUUAAUCUUAGCACUUGGGAGGCAGAGGCAGUUGGAUCUGUGAGUUCAGGGCCAGCCUCAUCUACAGAGUGAGUUCUAGGACAGUCGGGGCUACACAGAGAAACCCUGUCAUGAAAAACCCAAAAGGAAGGAAGGAAGGAAGGAAGGAAGGAAGGAAGGAAGGAAGGAAGGAAGGAAGGAGGAAGGAAAGAAGGAAGGAAGAUGGUGACAAGGAAGCAGUUUUGCAUGCCCGGUUAAAAGUUUAUGAGCUUUGGAAAGGUUUAAAGGUGAUUUGUUGGCAUUUGAGGAAGCAGAACUAAAGCUGGAGUAAGACCAGGACCCUUUGUGCAUGCCUAUGGACCUCUUCCGUCAGAAACCUUAGGAAGACAGACGUGUCAGAAAUAGGGCUAAUGUAGGGAUGGUGAGGUGGUUUGGGGUGUGGUCUAGUCUUAGCAUCUGGAUUGGGAACUAUAACUUUUGAGAUAAGAUGGGCCCAGGCAGUAGAGACAUACAAUGGGGACAGUCUGUGCUGUCUACGCUUGCUAGGCUUGCACUAGUAUAUAUGACAUCUUUGUGUUGGCUAGAAAACAGAUCACUUAAGGAACUAUCCUUCCUUCUGAAUGGAUCAAUUGGAAAGAUGUUCCCUUUCUUGUGAGCCUUGCUCACCAGGCUUUCUAGGUUGGUGAACAAAGCACAAAUGGGAUGUUAGCCCCUUUUCACUACCUCUCAGCUGUAAACCCUUGAGUAGGGACAGCUCAUCCAACCAUAUGUAACAGCACAGUUCCUGUUGUGCCAUGCACAUUACUGAACAUGAGCCUGGGUCAGAAGUUGUCUGUGUACAGACAGAAUUUGUCCUAGCAUCCUUUGCAGGAGGUCUGGGGCGAGCAAAUUGGUGCCCAGGUCCAAGGGGGAGGAUGGACACCUGCGGAGACCAGCAUUAAAUCAGUGGGAAUGCGGUAGAUAUAGUCAGUCCUAAUGUCUGGGCAAGAGGUCUGUGAUGGCACAUAAUUAAUCCUUGCGUGCGGCCAAGGAGCAUGGCCAGGCACAGCUUGUUCUAGCACUUAGGAUGGCACUUGUCUAAGAAAGGACACAGAUCUCAAUGUCCUUCCUGCGGGAUUGGAGAAAGGCAACCUGGAAUGACCUCAAGCCCAGGCCUCCCUUAAGCAACUCUGUUGAUGUACCUGCUAACUUGUAGAGGAACCAGACUGAACACAUCUCUAGUUGUCAACUCCUUCCAGCUGGGGAGCUCCUGGAAUCUUUAGUUCAUGGUAUUUAAAAAUGACCAUAACCAUGAGUCAUGUGGUGAAUAGAUUGGGCCUUUAUAACUUAACAGAACUUGUUGAGGAUUUGCUUUAUUUGAUCCACCCAGUGACACUGUGGGUAGAGCCUGCACUGGCCUUAGCAUCUUUGUUUUACAGUUGAGGAAACAAGCCAGGAUUCAAACUCCAGUCAGCCUGGCACCAAGCCCAGAUUCCUGCCUUGACUGUCACUGUGGGACUUCAUAACAGCUUUGUAGAUGAUGAUCAUCCUCACCAUCAUCCAAAUAUUAGUAAUCAUAAUAAUUAUCAUUGAUUCUUCAUAUACUAAGAACUGUAAAUAUAAUCUUAUUUAAUGCUCACAGCAGCUGCAUUAGUUGUGGAUUAUGAUGUCUGAUCUGCAGUCGAAGAAAAGGAGCCUAGUAUGGAGGCACAUGCCACUAAUCCCAGCACUCGGGAGGCAGAGGCAGGUGGAUCUCUGUGAGUUCGAGGCUGGCCUGGUCUACAGAACAAGUUCCAGGACAGCCAUGGCCACAUAGUGAAACUCUUGUCUCAAAAACAAAAGCAAACAAGGAAGGAGAUCCCAAGAGGAUCAGCACCUUAACCAGGGUUGGGGUGGCAUUCUUCUGAUGCAUACACUGAAGUCUCUGGUUCUGAAGCUAGUGUUGAUUUUACUCAGGUUUGCUUCCUGGUGUUGAAUACUAGGUUCAUAUUCAAGGAUGCUCUCACAGCUUUGAGGACUCAGGAGGCAGACCAAACUCGGGAAGGGCCUAUAGCCAUAGCACAUAUAAGGCAAGGUCUUGUGAAAUAGCAGACCCUUUAAUUUGGGACCACAGUUGGAUGGGGCUCUCUGAGGAUACAUUUAGGCCCCAUACAUAUGUUCUCAGGUUCACUACAGUUAGGGAGUGCUCAUUGGGUAGACGGUAUCUAAGCAGGCAGGGCUAUCAGGACUGACUUUACAUAAGGAGAGUCCGAGGAUAUAGAAUCAGAAUGACUAGGAAAGCAAGGGGUGUGUUUAAAGCCAGGGACCAGUCAGUUGGGCUAAAACAGACAUGAGCAGGAAAGCACUUCUAAAGGUAAGAACCAUGAUUGGGUCAAGGAUGUGUCCAGCCUUUUGACUUUAAGACAUGAUGUUGUCAUGUACAAAGUUCACACAGGGGAACCUUGUAAACUGAAGUUUACAAAACAACGCAAAAAAAAAUCUCAACUGGGGAGAAGGCUCAUUUGGUGAGUGUGAGGACCUCUGGCUGAUGCGCAGAAGCUAAGCAUGAUGGCAUGAUUUGGUGAUCACAGUGCUUGGGAGAGAGAUUCCUAGAGCUCACUGGCCAGCCAUCCUAACAAACAAUGAGAGACCCUGUCUUAAAAUAGAGAAGAACAAUUGAAGAAGUCUCCUGUUUUCAACCUCUGGCCUUCACACACACACACACACACACACACACACACACACACACACACACACACAAACACACACACACACGUCCUUGUGAACUCACAUGCACAUAUACACACCUGCACGUGCACACACAUACAUACACACAGACAACCAAUCUCAUAAUGUUUUUUAAGUAAGUUCAUACUUUUGUGGUGGCAUCAUUUAUAGCUCUCUUGGGGUGCAGGAGGCUUCCAACCUGCAAGUUACCCACACCUGAGUGGUGAGAAGCUAAGGAAAGUAGGCUCUGUGGCACAGAAAACGGGGAGAAACACUGGAUCCAGGUUAAGGGCUCCAUUUUAGGCUAGGUUGCUUUCCAGUUAUUUGACUGGGCAAAUUUGUUUGUCUCUUGUAAAUCCCAAGUUUCUUCAUCCGGUACACACCGGCAUUCAUGAGUGUGUACACUCAUGGGUGCAUGUGUGAAUGGAGAAGAAUUAGGUGGUGGGGAAAAAAUGCAGGAAGUAGACAGGUAGACCUCAGCUAGUGUGAAAACUGAACAGCAAGGAGUGAGCAUGGCAGGUAGACGGCAAAUUACUCAUGUUUGGGGCCCAGGCUUUAGGACCCCUCAGGAUUCAGUGCAAGGAUAUAAUUAAAGCUGAACAGCUGACAGUGGGGCAGGGGGCCAAGAUGAAUGUCUGGGUUUCCUGUAGAUCCAACAGAAUUUGUCAGACCUAAAGGCACCUUAAGCCAAAGCCCAGAUUAAGACUGGCCAUAGUUAAAGGUCACAAAGCUAUCAGCAUAGGCUGCUUCCCAGCUAUCUGGUUUUUGCCAUCACUUAAAUACUCUGGUCCUUUGUUUCUCUUUUAUAAAAUGGUUCUGACUCCACUGAGUUGAGGGAAGUUGAAGUAACCCUAUGCUCAACAUCAAGUAGCAGGUCAACCAACUGCACUACAGCCUCCCUUAAACUAACUCGUAGCCAUAUGAUAUGAAGUCAUGCUGCAAAAUGUGAACAAGUGUAGAACUUAAAAGCAGGCUGGCAGGAGAAGCUAGACUGAUCCCAUCAGCAGAAGGUGAGGGAGUCCCAGAUGUCCCAGAGGCAAUCAUGGCUGUAAGAGGUCAGGCUAGAACUCCAUGACCCUGGGGACCAGGCUGAGGUUGCUAGGUAUGCAAUGAUAAGAACAAGAGAAGGUGGCCUGUUGCUAGGGAAGGAGGGAGGGGUUAGGGAGCCACUGACACCCUCUGAGCCAGGGACAUCCCCAUGGCAACAGAAGCCACUGGUGUCUGGAGAAGUGGGAGGAGGAGCAAUGGCUGGCUCUGUUCCCAGAGGAGGCCUCCCACUCCGGGCCUCAGUGUCCCUUAUCUGUCCCACUGAAAAUUUGGUUUAGGUAUUUUGCAGAUUCUUCCUUGUUUUGACCUCCUAGAAUGACUAAGACCUUACAAUCCUUUCUUGGCUUCCCCCAUUCACAUAUCUGAGACACUAUAACCAAUCCCCAGAGCCACCCCAGUUAUGUCCAGGCCUUCCCUCCCAUAUGCUUCCUGUUUAGCUCUGCCUGGCUACCCACCCUGCCCAACUCUCUGUUCCUACUGCUUCCUGUGCCUCCAGCCUUUUUCACUUACUGCCUGCAACAUGCUCUCUGCCUGGGAGGGGGAAGCAAUUCCCAUCCUGUACAGUGUGGGAAGCCUGACCCCAUCCACCUAGACUGCUUCCUCCAUCCUAGGCUUCCCGGAUGUCAAAGGUCUGACCCCACCCCACUCUAUUUGUGAUCACUGUUGCAAUUUAUUGAACUAUUUCUAAGAGCUGGGCUUUCCACAUGAUACUUGGCAGGUACCUUUAAUGGUGACAUAUUGUGAUUCCCCACUUUACAUAAGACUAUCGGGUAAGCUCCUGGGGUUUGUCUGAGGCCCUUCUGGUACCCUAUGGGGGAUCCAGGUUUAGAACUUGUCUCUGUAUCAUUCCUUCUGUCCCUAGCCUGGGGUGCAGGUGUGAGUUUUCAUCUUGGGCAUUGGCAACCCUACCAAAUGAUGGCCGGGUACUUUAUAUGUAGUCUCUCAUUUUGUCUUCACUAUACUCUUAAAGGCUAUAUAUUCGUGUUAUUUUACAAACCAAAAUUCUAAGGCUUAGAAAGCUAAGUUAAUUUGCCCCACGGCAAAAAUUAAGGUAGGAAUCUAGAUCAUCAGAUUUGUAAUUACCACAGUGUUGUGAAUUUAGCUUGAUUGCUUUCCUGAAGCAUGGAAAACAUUCAUUUCCUAAGUAGCAGACCUGGGUUGGACGAUCUGUUUUGAAGUAAUUGGGGGACCUCUGCAUAUAAGGAGCUCUUAGUCUAGGGUUGCUACAAAGAUAAGUUAGUUUUAGAAUGUGACAAGGUAGAUGCCAAUGUGUAAGAACAGGAGUCUGGAGGGGUUGAUAUGGCUUCUCAUAACAAAAGGAAGGACCGAGGGGAGCUGGGUAAUUUUCCCAAAGGAGGAACUUUUUCUGGAAGCUCCAGAGAGAUGAGUUAGAGCAAAUGGUUCCUCUUCUCCCCUUCCUCUCUGGGUUCUCCUGCCUCCUCUUGGCCCAGCCCCCGGAAGUGGGUGACCCCUAAGCUGGCUGAGUGCCUAGUUGGCACCAAAAUAAACUUGCCUUCCCUCUCUUUCCCUCCCCUUGCCUCUGUCCCCUCUGUCCUGGCUUUAAUUAGCAGCCCUAGGGAUGAGUCACUUGGCAGCUGGGGAGGGAGGCUAUGCAGAGCCCAGUUAAGCUUCGACUCUUGCCCUGAGUCUUACAGGCAGCACCACUGUGUUCAUAUGUGUGGGUGUGUAUUACUGCAUGUCAGAGAGGAUCUGCAUCAUUGCUGCUGAGAAAAGUGCAGGGGAACAUUGCAUGCUGACUCCAGGCCAUGCAUGUCAGGGAGUCUGCACAUAAUCAACUCCGGUGGUUGCUGCAUUUGUCUCUGUGUGUCACUGAAUGUCUCUCUGUAUGAACGUCUGGCUGUAGUGUGCAGCUGUGAUAGCAAGUGUCAGGAAAUGAGGGAGGGAGCUUUGGGGCUAACAAAGGCAAAUGCCAUAAUAAUUGCAGUCAUUUCUCCUGAUGUUUUCCCUUAUACCAGCCCUGCACUUGUAUUCCCAAAUUUCACUUGCCUUAGUUAGGAUACAUCUUGUUGCAGGAAACAGAAGCUUAACCAAGCCAGCUCAAGAAUAGAGAGGGGAGGGUUAUCCUGAGCCUACGCCUCACAAAAGUAAGAACAGUAGAUUAAUGAUAGCCAUGCUUUUUCGCCACCAAAAUCAAGACCAGAAGUCAAGGAACAAGAUUGCUCUUUGACUCUGUGGAUCUCUUGGGCCUGUCUUGUUUUUCUUCCUCAUAGCCUGCUUGACCCUUCCCUGCCCUCCCCCGCUUCCGUCUAACUCUUCUCUGUGGCUUCCUCUGCUGCUGUGCACCCUAACAUGGUCACAACCUAGAAGCUAUGUGACUUAAGGUCCCUGCCAUCUAACUGCAAAGAUCCUUCCUGUUCAGCCUCUUGUAAUACAAGACAGCAAGGUGGAUUUCUGUUCCUUUGAAAAUGGAUGAGGGUACAGAUAGAUGGUAAAGUACUUAGAACCUGGUGUUUUUGUGCUGAGCAGGGUUUUUACGGGCGCAAAAUUGAGAUUAGGAGUUGGGUAUUGUGGCACAUGUCUUUGAUCCCAGCACUUGGGUGGCAGAGGCAAGAGGAUCUCUGAAUCUGAAGCUAGCCAGGUCCUCAGGGUGAGGUUUAGGACAGCCAGGGCUACACAAAGAAACUCUGUCUCAGAAAACAAACAAAAAUUUGAGAUCAGAUGUUAAGAAUGUCCAUUCACAGGGUUGGGGAUUUAGCUCAGUGGUAGAGCGCUUGCCUAGCAAGCACAAGGCCCUGGGUUCGGUUCUCAGCUCUGGGGGGAAAAAAAAAGAAAGAAAAAGAGUGCCCGUUCAUCAAGUUUUUGGUCCCUACUCAUUUCCAGGUGACCUUUGUUCUCCGUUUCCACAUUCCAUGUUCUUAUAUCAAAACACACUAUUAUAUCUAAAACUAUUCUUCACUUUUUUUCUUGGUGUUUGUAUUGAACCAAGAACCUCACAUGCUAGGCAUAUGCUCUAUUCCUGAGGUAUCCUGCUUCUUUAUUUUAAGUCCAAAUAUCUUUUAAACAUUUUUUGAGAUGGAAUCCUACUAUGUAUGCAUGGAACUCUUUAUGUAGACACAGCUGGCCUUGUCUACAUUGAGAGCAUUCCUGAGUGCUGGAAUAAGGGCAUGUGCCACCAUGCCAGCCCAAAAUUGCCUUUCAAGAGCACAGUGCAAAUGGCCAUUGCUACCAGCUUGGGGCAGUUUUAGCCCCAGAACAUUUGCAUAAUAUUCCUGAUGCUACAGCUGCUACCAAAUUCAUGGUCACUUUAGAGAUUUUUCUGUUUUGUUGGUUCAGUGACUAAAUUUAUAGUUAUUUGUAGUAUAUAAUUACAGACACACAUUAUCAAUAUUACCAGCAUGACGCUUGAGCUUACUUUUCCAUUAAUAUAAACCCUGCAGUUUUUACAUUAAUUACAGAGGGAAUUAAUGACACCUUAGACAAGUUUUCACCUAUUAGUAAAGGUAGGAACCAGCUGUGCCAGUAAUGACUGGUCUCCAGAUGUGAGGGCCACGCCCAUAGCUCUGGACUUGACUCUGACCUAGCAUUCUCUGGCUGAAACUAGAGUCUCCUUACCACCUCAUCUGGGGCCUUCUGGUUCUGGUUCAGCAAGAGAUGCUGAUAUUAUUUUUAAUAAAUAUGAUCACUAUUAUUACUGUUAAGUCUAAGUGACAGAGAUUAUCCAAAGCCCGGGUAGAGUCUCUUUCAGCUCCUCUUCUUCCUUUGUUUUUAUUGUUCCAAAUAUUAAUUAUUGCUUUGAUUCCGAAAAUAUCUAUUGAAUUUCAGGUAGUGUUAGAGACUACUUGACACACAUUAUCUUUGGUCUUCAUGACCAUUCUGCCAAGUAGGGGUGAUUUAAAGGUGGGGAAGCAUAGAGGAGGUGAAGAGACUCUCCAAAGCAUCAAUGUAUCCAUCCAUUCAUGCAUUUUGUCCUUCAUUCAAGGAUGACUUAUGGAGUACCUACCAAUACCAGAUGAUUCAAUGUGGCAAAUAAGGUGGCGCAGAGUAUAGUGAUGGGCCCUGUGCUGGACUCCACCGUCUGGCUAGGAAACAGAAAAUGAUCCACAAUUGUAAGAGAAGUGUGAUGUGGUGCAUAAGCAUCAAGGAAGUAUGCCUAACCCAGUCUUAGAAGGUUCCCAGGCUGAUGUCCAAACUGAGACUUGGAGGAUGAGCAGAUGUGAUCUAAGGGAGGAUGAAGUGGUAUGAGAUGACAUGGACCGUGUUACAGGCUAGAAUUGUGGGAGGCGUGGCUGGCACCUGGCUUUGUGAGGAACUAAAGCUUCAUCUGCAGUGGGAGUGGAUUGUUAAGAGAAUCUGGAAAUUAGAAGAGUAUACGUUAGGAGGCUGGAACUGGAGCCCUGGUCAGUUGUACCCAUUACUAGGGAGCUAUAGGGCUCAGUAGAGGUGUUUCCAUGCUUCCUGGGCUCCUGGAAAUGUGUACUGGGCCAGGCCACCUCCUAGGUGGGUCUGUACGGCAUCCUUGCUAUAUUAUAGUGGCUUUAGUGCCCUCUAGUGUCCAUUGGUUGUAGUACAUCAUUUCCCACCAACAUAUGUAACCAACUGGACCUGUACUAGAUUGGGAUUAGUAGAGACACCUGCUCUUACAGUUUUCCAAAUUAAGUAGAUGAAACUGUGAACAGUGUUGAGAGAAGGUGACUGAAACACGAUCAGGGUGGAAGGGCACUAGGGAGGUGAUACACCCUGCCUAGGUGGGAUGAGGGCAGGUUCCCAGAAGACACAGCUUCUAGCUGACUUUUGAAGACUAUUCAGGGGGAGAGGUGGCUCUGGGGGCCCAGAGGGAGAGCACGAGUUAAGGUGAAGCAUGGAGCAGCUGUGUAUGCCUGGAAUUAGAAGAAACUCUCUCUGGGUGAAGUGCAGGUUGUGGGGAAAUAUGGUACAUUUCUGUAACCAUAAUACUGAUAAGAUGCAGGCAGGAGGAGCUCAAGUGUAAGGCCAGCCUGGGCUUUGAGGCAAAAUCCUAUCUCAAAAAAAAAAAAAACUAAUGGAGGGAAGAUGAAGAUUAGCUGGAGGUGGGAGAUGGGAGCUACGUCACCUAAGGAUCUAUGAUACCUGCUACUAGCUUAUUUACUGGGGAUUUAAAGCAUGGAACCAUGCUCAAAGCUUCUUUACCCUUUGGAAUCAUACAUCCUUCUUAGCAUCUGAUGAAAUCUAGAGAAUAUAUUUCUCUGAGAAUACUUUCCAUACAACUCCCUCCCAUGCCUACCAACGAACCACAGACUUCCAAACUAACCAUACUAUAUAUAAGUAAGGAAAGCCUAUCUCGGCCUCCAAAGAUUUGCAAUAUUGAACCCCUUCUGCACCUCCAGCCAGCCUCAUGCAUGUCUCUGUAGUUUCCCCUCAGCCACAUUGGCCUUUUUCAAGUUCCUGGAAGUGGCACCUCAGGCCUUUUCUUCUACAUAGAAUUCUUUCUCCUUCCUAUCUCCAUGUGAACAUAGUGUCUGUCUUCUCUCACACAUAAGCUUCCUGAAGACAGGACAUUAUCUACCUUUAGUACCCAGCACUGUGCCUAGUCCACAGUAUCUGCCAGAAAAAAGGACUCACUAGUACCCUGUGGCUGGGAAAAACUCCUCACUCUGAAUUCAUUCAGUUCCUUGUGAUUCAUUAUAUAAGUUUAUGUAACAUGCUUAGAUAUGCCUGAAUCACACAAAGGCAGUUCAUUAACAGGUAUUUUCCUAGAAUUCUUCCCUAUCCCUGAAGCAAAUGGGCUUCUCAAAAGUCCCUCUCUGUCCACUGGGAGAAGGGUCAGAUUGAUUCUCUUGCUUAAGUGAGACUCUUCCAUUAUCAUGAGCAUACUUGAGCCUAUGGAAUCUUGACAAGAGCCUACAAGGUAAGCCAGUUGUGGUGGCACAUGCCUAUAUUUCCAGCACUCAGCAAGGUGAAACAGGAGCAUUGCUGUGAGUCUGAGGUCAGUCUGGGUUACAUAACAACUAGCAGGCCAGCCCAAGGUUUUGUAGCAAGACCCCGUCUCAAAAAUUGACAAAAUGAAAAGAACAGCACUCUGAGGUAACCAAGCAUGGUGGGGUAGCACAUACCUGCAGUCUCAGGACUUGAGAGGCUGAAGCAGAAGGAUUAUGAAUUUGAGGCAAGCCUGGGCUACAGAGCAAGACUCUUUGAAACAAACCCAGUCGAAUUUUGGAGUAGGGAAUUGUCAGUCCUCUUCUAUAGGUAACCAGAGUCUCGGGGAUAAACCCAGACAAAUGAUUACAUUAAACCUACUAGGCUCCACAGUGCAGGUUUUAGACUUCUCAGAGAGUAAGAGGCUUGCCCAAAGUUGUAUAUCAGCAGCCUUACAGUCAGGACUACAAUUUCUGUCCUCAGCUGCUGCCGGGCUAAGACGAAGGUCUGGGCCAGAGGCGAAGCAGCUGCAGGAUCUGAGAGAGUUGAGGAUGAGGUAACUGAGCAUGGUAGGUAACCUGCAAUCUCAGGACUUGAGAGGCUGAAGCAGGAGAAUGAUGAAUUGGAGGCAAGCCUGAGCUACAGAGCAAGACUCUUUAAAGCAAACCCAACCAAACCUCUGGAGUAGGGGAUUGUCAUUGCUUUUCUAUAGGUAACCAAAGGAGUGAUCUACAGAAUAGAGGAGACCGCAGGGGUCCCACAGAUGCCAGGCUGGUAGUGGUUUGGAGGACCUCUCUCUUCCUAGCUGCUUUGGCUUUCUUCAGAUGAGCUAGUUGUCCUGGUAGGGAGACAGGAAGCCUGGCCUGUGGCCUGUCAUCUCCUAUUUCUUCUGGAUCACUAACCACCCUGGCCCUUCCCAGGAGCCUUCUGCUCAGAACAGCCAGGAGCCUGGGCUCUGGGGCCAUGAAAGGCUGAAAUGCUCAGAGCUGAACCCAUGUUCCUUUGAAAGGAAUGUUCCCAUCCUUCAGACCCUCAAAAUUCUGUUUUCUCUGAUACUGCCCUUACAGACAGUAGAGACUGCCAUGUGGGUGGACAGAGUGCCCUGAUACAUCAACAUUGCCGAGAGUCUUUUGCUCUUAUCCAGACUUCAGUUGUCGAACCUAUAGAAUCAGGAUGGACAGUCUUCCUGGACGAACAACCUCUUGAUUGUAAAUGGCAUGUGCUUUUUCAGUUGUUUUGUUUUUGCCAGUGUAGAAAAUAGCAGAGAAGCAAAUGAGAGCUUAUUAUAAUCAUAAAGAAUAGUGUUCCUGGCCUCGCCCUCAUAUCAGAAAACUGAUCUGGAUUUUCCUUGAUGUGGACUGCUCUAGUCUAUAUAUUUCUGUAAAUGUGAUGAAAUGAUGCUUGUGAAAAGCUUCUGCUAAAAGAUUUCUGUGUAUACAAAAUAGUAAUAAGGCUGAGGGUGCAGAUUUCAGAUUUUGGAAUAGCCAAAUUAAACCCUAAUCUUGGGGUUCUGCUACUACUACUACUACUACUACUACUACUACUACUACUACUACUACUACUAAACUUUUGUAUCUCAAUUGUCUGUAGAGGGUAUUCAAAUAGGCCUUGUGACACAGGCUUUUCAGGAUGAGACAAGUUGUUUGUGGAGAUUGCAGAGGAGACGCACAUGGUGGGGGAAACAGCCCCAAGUUUGGCCGUGAGGAAGAAGAGAGCUCGCUAAACUGCUUCCUCUUCUUAGGAAUUCCCAGCCCUUGGAGAGCAAGGAAGGAGCAAAGUUUCCAAUUGCAGCCUGGCCUGCAGCCCAACUGGCCUGGCCCCUCCUCCUUGGCUCCUCCUUCUAGGGAAGGGCUGAAAAAGAAGGGGUGGGAAUAGUGACCCGGCAGCACUGGCAGGGGGUAGGGAGGGGGACUGCCCCUGGGACAGGUCCAGACUCAUGGAACCCCCCUGGAAGAGCAGCAGUGUGGAGGGUGAUGCCCCAGGCAGUGACCUGAGCACAGCGGUUGAUAGUCCUGGGAGCCAACCCCCCUACCGGCUGAGCCAACUGCCCCCAACCAGCAGCCACAUGGGGGGCCCCCCUGCUGGCGUGGGCCUACCUUGGUCUCAGAGGGCUCGCCUCCAGCCAGCCAGUGUCGCCCUGAGGAAGCAGGAGGAGGAGGAGAUAAAGCGCUCCAAGGCCCUGUCAGACAGCUAUGAACUCUCCACAGACCUACAGGACAAGAAGGUGGAAAUGCUGGAGAGGAAGUAUGGGGGCUCCUUCCUGAGCCGCAGGGCUGCCAGGACCAUCCAGACAGCCUUUCGCCAGUAUCGUAUGAAUAAGAACUUUGAGCGACUGCGCAGCUCGGCUUCAGAGAGCCGCAUGUCCCGCCGCAUCAUCUUGUCCAACAUGCGGAUGCAGUUCUCCUUUGAGGAGUACGAGAAAGCACAGAACCCUGCAUACUUCGAAGGCAAGCCUGCCUCAUUGGAUGAGGGUGCAAUGGCUGGAGCCCGGAGCCACCGGCUUGAACGGGGCCUCCCCUAUGGAGGCUCCUGUGGUGGGGGCAUCGAUGGUGGUGGAAGUUCAGUCACCACAUCUGGAGAGUUUUCUAAUGACAUCACAGAGCUCGAGGACUCCUUCUCCAAACAGGUAAAGUCUCUGGCUGAAUCCAUUGAUGAGGCCUUGAACUGCCACCCAUCAGGGCCUAUGUCUGAGGAGCCAGGGUCAGCCCAACUGGAGAAGCGGGAAUCAAAGGAACAGCAAGAAGACAGCUCAGCCACAUCCUUCAGUGACCUCCCCCUCUACUUGGAUGACCCAGUUCCUCCUCCAUCACCUGAGCGACUGCCCAGCACAGAGCCCCCACCCCAAGGCCGCCCUGAGUUCUGGGCACCAGCUCCCCUCCCACCAGUUCCUCCACCAAUGCCACCAGGGACCCGGGAAGAUGGUAGCCGUGAGGAAGGCACUCGAAGGGGUCCUGGGUGCUUGGAGUGCCGGGAUUUCCGGCUCCGGGCUGCACACCUCCCCCUCCUCACCAUUGAGCCUCCCAGUGACAGUUCUGUAGACCUGAGUGACCGCUCAGAUCGCGGCUCUGUCCACCGCCAGCUGGUGUAUGAGGCUGAUGGCUGCAGCCCCCAUGGGACCCUGAAGCACAAGGGGCCACCAGGCAGGGCCCCAAUCCCACACCGCCACUACCCUGCCCCUGAGGGUCCAGCUCCAGCCCCACCAGGGCCCCUGCCACCAGCCCCCAAUAGUGGUACUGGGCCCAGUGGUGUGGCUGGAGGUCGGAGGUUGGGAAAGUGUGAGGCAGCAGGUGAGAACUCUGAUGGUGGAGACAAUGAGAGCCUUGAGAGCUCCAGCAACUCUAAUGAGACCAUCAACUGCAGCUCUGGCUCCUCCUCUCGGGAUAGCCUGAGGGAACCUCCAGCCACUGGCCUGUGCAAGCAGACUUACCAGCGGGAGACAAGGCACAGCUGGGACUCGCCAGCCUUCAACAAUGACGUGGUACAAAGAAGGCAUUACAGAAUUGGCCUCAACCUCUUCAAUAAGAAGCCAGAGAAGGGUAUCCAGUAUUUGAUCGAGCGAGGCUUCCUGUCAGACACUCCUGUGGGGGUGGCUCACUUCAUCCUGGAGCGGAAAGGCCUGAGUCGGCAGAUGAUAGGGGAAUUCCUGGGGAAUCGACAGAAGCAGUUCAACAGAGAUGUGUUGGACUGUGUGGUGGAUGAGAUGGACUUCUCCUCUAUGGAUUUGGACGAUGCACUCAGGAAGUUCCAAUCCCAUAUCCGAGUUCAGGGUGAGGCCCAGAAAGUGGAGCGACUCAUUGAAGCUUUCAGCCAGCGGUACUGUGUCUGUAACCCUGCCCUCGUACGACAGUUCCGGAACCCAGACACUAUCUUCAUCCUUGCUUUUGCCAUCAUCCUCCUCAAUACCGAUAUGUACAGCCCCAGUGUCAAGGCUGAACGCAAGAUGAAGCUGGAUGACUUCAUUAAGAACCUGAGAGGAGUUGACAAUGGUGAAGACAUCCCCCGAGACCUCCUAGUAGGCAUCUACCAGCGCAUCCAAGGUCGUGAACUAAGGACCAACGAUGACCAUGUGUCCCAGGUGCAGGCUGUGGAGCGCAUGAUUGUUGGCAAGAAACCGGUCCUGUCGCUCCCUCACCGUCGACUGGUUUGCUGCUGCCAGCUCUAUGAGGUGCCAGAUCCAAAUCGCCCCCAAAGGCUGGGGCUGCAUCAGCGGGAGGUCUUCCUCUUCAAUGACCUCCUUGUGGUCACCAAAAUUUUCCAGAAGAAGAAGAUCUUGGUGACAUACAGCUUCCGUCAGUCCUUUCCCCUGGUGGAAAUGCAUAUGCAGCUCUUCCAGAAUUCAUAUUAUCAGUUUGGAAUCAAGUUACUAUCUGCGGUACCUGGAGGGGAACGAAAAGUUCUCAUUAUCUUUAAUGCUCCUAGCCUCCAAGACAGGCUACGCUUUACCUCUGACCUGCGGGAGUCCAUUGCUGAGGUGCAGGAGAUGGAGAAGUACCGUGUGGAAUCGGAGCUGGAGAAGCAGAAAGGUAUGAUGCGGCCUAAUGCCUCACAACCUGGAGGAGCCAAGGACUCAGUGAAUGGGACUCUGGCCCGCAGUAGUCUGGAGGACACUUAUGGGGCAGGCGAUGGGCUCAAGCGGGGUGCACUCAGUAGUUCCCUGCGAGACCUCUCUGAUGCAGGGAAGCGGGGGCGGCGUAACAGCGUGGGAUCGCUGGACAGCACCAUCGAAGGGUCUGUUAUUAGCAGUCCACGCCCUCACCAGAGGAUGCCACCUCCGCCCCCACCCCCGCCGCCAGAGGAGUACAAGAGCCAGAGGCCAGUCUCCAACUCCUCAUCUUUCCUGGGCUCCCUAUUUGGAAGCAAGAGAGGCAAAGGGCCCUUCCAGAUGCCACCACCGCCAACAGGCCAGGCCUCUGCCUCGUCUUCAUCUGCUUCCUCCACCCACCACCACCAUCACCACCACCACCAUGGUCACAGCCAUGGUGGCCUGGGGGUGCUACCUGAUGGGCAGUCCAAGCUCCAGGCCCUGCAUGCCCAGUAUUGCCAAGGACCGGGCCCUGCCCCACCACCCUACCUCCCACCCCAGCAACCCCCUCUGCCUCCACCCCCUCAGCAGCCUCCACCCCUGCCCCAGCUGGGCUCCAUUCCACCACCACCUGCCUCAGCCCCACCUGUGGGGCCACAUCGACACUUCCAUGCCCAUGGCCCAGUUCCAGGACCCCAGCAUUAUACCUUGGGCCGGCCAGGCAGAGCCCCAAGACGAGGGGCUGGAGGACACCCUCAGUUUGCUCCACAUGGCCGCCACCCCUUGCACCAGCCCACAUCCCCGUUACCCCUGUACAGUCCUGCUCCACAGCACCCUCCUGCCCAUAAACAGGGCCCCAAGCACUUCAUCUUCAGUCACCACCCACAGAUGAUGCCAGCAGCAGGUGCAGCUGGGGGCCCUGGGUCCCGGCCACCAGGGGGAUCCUACUCCCACCCUCACCACCCCCAAUCACCACUGUCCCCACACUCACCCAUCCCACCUCACCCCUCCUACCCGCCCCUGCCCCCACCCUCACCUCACACUCCACAUUCACCCCUACCACCCACCUCCCCCCAUGGCCCACUGCACGCCUCUGGGCCCCCUGGCACGGCUAAUCCACCCAGUGCAAACCCCAAGGCCAAGCCAAGCCGGAUCAGCACUGUGGUCUGAGGAAUGGGAUGAGUGUACUGGGGAACAGGAUAGUCUGGGGAAAUCCACAGGAGAGGGACCUUGCCCCUCACUUCUUCCUCGUUUUUUUCAAAAUAUAUAUACACUCAGCAGUGUCCUUCUUCCCACUUCCUCCAUAUCUCCAGACCCUUCUUCCAACCCCCAGCAGUUGCCAUGGGGUCUCCUUUCAGAUUGGAGGGCCCUUGCCACUCGCAGCCUGAGCAUAGGGCACUGCAGUGCUGGGAAGCGGUAAGGGCCUCUCAGCAGCCCUCGUCCUCCCGUUCCUGUCUUCCUCUCCUCUUUCUUGUCCCUGGAGGUCUAGUUGGUGACCUCAGACCUCUGGACAAAUGUGAGCUUCCUUGCAAGCUGAUGGAGAAGGCAGGCUUCUGGAGCUGCAGAGGUGAAGGCUUUCCCCAGAGCUCCUCUGGCUGUGUGGGGCUAGGAGAGAGCUCUGUAGAGCUGUGGCCAAACCUCAGCUGGCUCAGCCCUCUGACCUCAGGGCCUAGCCACACACCUCCAUGUGUCUUUCUGCCUGCUGGAGGACACAUAGACCGUCAGUCAGUGCACUCCGUGGGUGGAACCCCGCUUGUGCUGGCCCCCAAUGAGGGCAGUGCUUCCUCUCUUGAGCCAGUCUGUGCCCUCUCUCCUAAUAGGCCCCAGCCCAGACCUCUUUGGCUUCAGGAACUUGCCUUGCCCUGCAAUGUUCUUAUCCUGAUCAAAGUCCAGACAGGUUUUUACUUUGGAGGCGGGGGAGGGGGGGGCUCAGGUCUGGGAUGAGAAGGGUACUGCCCUCCCUCACCCAUAUUGCAUGCCCCCCCUUCCUUCUUUUCCCACCUUCAACUGAAGACAAUGCACUUUACAGAUACCACCCACACAUAUCUCACUGGGGCAGGGCACCCAGCAUCAGCCCUGGGGAAAGACUCCCAGAGGACCACCCUGAGCCCAAGAUGUCCUUCCUGAGGCAGAGAUUGAAGCCAUCAGAGCAGGGGCUGCGAGCCAGAAUGCCCAAGCCCCUCUUGUUCAUCAAAAUCUCCACUGCCUCGCCAGCCCUUCUGCACCCUGUUUAUUUAUUAUAAAUAUAUUUUUUACAAGUCCCAGCUCCUCUUCUUGCCCUACAUUCAGCUCCUUUCACAGUCCCUGCCUUUCUCUCCCCUGUCCAGUAUGGGCUGCAAUACAGACAGACAGAUGGACCCUCUAUGUCAAAGGGUCCCUGGGGCUUGGGGUUGUGGGAGGGUGUUGGUGGGAGGGACUUAUGGAGAGGAGCUGGGGUUCAGACAUUGUCUUUUUCCCUCCUUGUAUAUAAGAAUGUAUAUUUGAUGCCUCAUAAAAGACCUUGUGCUCA